AUGUCACUUGCAAUGGAAUUGAAAUGGUGUCUGAUUUGGGACAAAGUUGAUCACGCAAGACAGAAGGUGUUCGUUGAUCAUGUUUUUGAAAAUAUGUCAAUUUCACAAGCAAGACAAGACUUCAUAAAAACUGUAGCAUCGGCAGCACUCUUUGAAGCGUUGUGUCGAGACAACGUAUCUUUCGUACAUUUACUUAUUGAAAAUGGUGUAUCAAUGAAAGAUCUCCACAUAGAACAAUUAAAACCAGACGAACUUGAAAAUUUUUGUGCAAGAAUACUGACUAACAACUCUAUACCUCUCUAUGAAGCUAUAUGUCCUAAUGCUGGCAUCAAUAAGAAAUCCUCGGAAUUUGUGGAAGCAAUAUACAUUGACUAUCUCAAGCAAUAUUUAAAAGAUUACAUUAAACUGGAAAAAAAUCCAAAACCACAGCAGUCAAACGAAGUUUUGUCCAACAAAAGCAGUAACGAAGCUACAAAACUGUUCAACGAAAACAAGAUUGAAAAACUUUACCUGUGGUUUUUAUUCAUGAAUCGACCAGAAAUGGCCAAGUUCCUUUGUUCGAGAUGUCAGAAUCAAACAGUUGCCGCCCUUCUUGCAGUCGUGAUUUAUUCGAAAGCAGCGGAGAAGAACACAGAAAAUAAAGAUAAGUUAAUACAAACUGCAAAUUUCAUCGUCGAUGAAAUUGAUCAGAUUAUUAGAUAUAAAGCAUGGAUCCCGAGCGAAAAUGGAGUAGAGUGGAAUUGGCAAUUAUUACGAGAUGUAUUUAAUUGGGGCAUUUGGAAAGUAUUCGGACAAGUAGCUGAACCAUUUAAAAAUAAUGCUACUGAUAUGAACGUAAUUAGCGAAAAUGAUGCUUAUGGUACAUUUGUUUUCUUGUAUGCUGUUGCAUUCGUAGUAAUAUCAAAUGUACUUCUUUUGAAUGUUCUGAUCGCAAUGUUUAAUAAGACAAUUGGAGAUAUGAAUGUUGAAAAAGAAUAUGCUGAAAAGUACUGGGAAUCUAAGGUAUUCAAGAAAGGUAUUCAACUAUCAACUGAACAAGCUCUGCAAGAGUUGAAGACAAAAGUCAGCAGAGGCUACGAUCAACAAUUAGAAGAGUUUAAAAACGUUAAGGGCAGAUUUGAAGAAACAGGAUCUGCGCUGAAUUAUAGAUUCAAACAGCUGUUGGAAGCACAAGCACUUGCCAUUCCACAGGGAAUAAUUCCCAAUAUUCCAGUCGAUGCUCGAUGGGCACAGCAUGGAGUGACUGUUGCUGGAGGCCAUGGAGAAGGCAGUGCCACCAAUCAACUCUACUACCCUUGUGGUCUCUUCGUUGAUGAUGAUCAAACGAUGGUCAUCGCUGACUACUGGAAUCAUCGUAUUAUCCAAUGGAAGAUGGAUGAUACGAAUGGACAAGUAGUAGCUGGCGGCCAUGGCCUAGGAAAUCGAUUGGAUCAAUUGUAUUGUCCAACCGAUGUGUUGACUGACAAAGAGACUGAUAGUCUCAUUAUUUGUGAUCGGAGGAAUGGACGAGUCGUACGAUGGUCUCGUCGUAGUGGUACAACUCAAGGAGAAAUCCUCAUCGACAACAUCUGGUGUUAUGGAUUGGCCAUGGAUGAUCAGAGAUAUCUCUACAUCUCUGACGACGAAAAACAUGAAGUAAGACGAUAUCAAAUAGGAGACAAGAAUGGAACUCUUGUGGCUGGUGGCAAUGGCAAAGGUGCUAGCCUCAAUCAACUCAACUUUCCGACCUACCUCUUUGUCGAUCAACAACAGACUGUCUACGUGACAGACACCGGCUAUCAUCGUGUAAUGAAAUGGAAUAAAGGUGCAAAAGAAGGAAUUGUCGUCGCUGGAGGUCAAGGCAAAGGGAAUGCUCUGACACAACUGGCAGAUCCUCAAGGACUGUUCGUCGAUACGUUGGGUACCAUCUAUGUGGCAGACUCGAUGAAUGAUCGAGUGAUGCGUUGGCCUAAAGGAGCGAAACAGGGCACUGUCAUUGUGAGUGAAAAUGGUGAAGGAAAAGAAGCUAAUCAGUUCAAAGCUCCCGUCGGUUUGUCCUUCGAUCGACAUGGCAAUCUCUAUGUCGUCGAUGAGUUUAACUAUCGUGUUCAACGCUUUUCAAUCGAAUAGACUCGUCGUGACAGAUUUUUUUUCUUUUCUUUCCUUUCAAAUAAAUCACGUUGAAUUGAUGAAAUGAAUGUCUAUUCUAUUCGUACGCGCGCGCGACCAGGAACCAUCCUGGUGAAGCCGUGGCGAGCGUAACGCUCAUGCACGCACAGGACAGGCUCAUAUCAUUCAUACCCUCCCCGCGAGAGAUAUGUCAAUGAGUCUGAAUAAGCCUGGUCGUGUGCCACGGACACCAAGACAGUUCCUGGCAGGGUUUUUAGGGACUAACCGGAAGUCCUUCAUAAAAGACGAAACCCUAACUCUCAACGGACAGAACUCACCCUUCUCAGUCUGCCUCUCCCUUAUUCUCAUCUCAAAAAAAACAAAGGUACUCACUACGUUUGACGUUGAAUGAUGAUGUUGUUGAUUGUGACGACAUGAUGAUAUUGAGGACUAAAAAGAAAAGAAAAAAAAAAUUAAAUUAAUGUUAUAUAAUGGAAAAGAAUCAGUUCAUUUACCCCCACUAUUAUCUUUUUUCUUCACUGUUCAGUGUCUAAAAUUAAGAUAGCCAAUGCAUGAAAAAGAUCAUAGGAGGAUUUACUACUCUCUAUAUGAUCUUAAAGAAAGAAAAAAAAAAGAAAAAAAUGAUACCUACAUUUUAUUUUAUUGUUCGAUGUUGAAUUGAAUAAUUUUGUAUUGUCGAAGCCAACCUAAAAUAUAAAACAAAAUAAUUAUUAUUUGAUUCAAAUAAUUGAAUGACUUCUUCGAAGA